AUGCCUAUAACGUAUCAUAGUUUACGUUCAUUUUCAUCUGACUUGUCGUUGACCGCAGUCGUUGUAACGGAUAACGAAGAAAUACGUCAAGCGCUCAAAUCUUCCUAUGAAAGUCUUGAUUUAGAUAAUAGUGAUGCAGAUCCCGACUUUAUUUUG